AUGAAUUUUGCACGAACAGGGCAUACAGCAUCCGUAUUGACGAAUGGAAAAGUUUUAGUUACUGGUGGACAAUAUAAUGGUUCUUCUCUAAAUAGUGCAGAAUUGUAUGAUUCAUCAACAGGAAUUUGGACAACGACUAAUAGUAUGAAUUCUGCACGAAAAUGGCAUACAGCAUCCGUAUUAACGAAUGGAAAAGUAUUAGUUACUGGUGGAUCUAACGAUUAUUCUUUUCUAAAUAGCGCUGAACUGUAUGAUCCAUCAACAGGAAUUUGGACAACAAGUGGUAGUAUGAAUUUUAAACGCUGGGCACAUACAGCAACCGUAUUAACAAAUGGAAAAGUAUUAGUUGUUGGUGGAUCGCCUAGUCCAGAGACUGCUGAAUUAUAUAAUCCAUUAACUAAAAUUUGGGAAAUGACUGGUGACAUGAAUCUUGAACGAAUUUUUCACACAGCGUCAAUAUUAACAGACGGAAAAGUAUUAGUUGUUGGUGGAAGAUUGGAGUCAGUGGAUGAAACUAAUACUGCUGAAUUGUAUGAUCCAUCAACAGGAAAUUGGACAAUGACUAGUUCUAUGAAUUAUGAACGAAAAUGUCAUGCGGUAUCAGUACUAAUAAAUGGAGAAGUUUUAGUUACUGGUGGAGAAAAUAAUAUUUCUUUGCUAAAUAGUGCUGAACUGUAUAAUCCAUUAACAAAAAAUUGGAUAUUGAUUAAUUCUAUGAAUCAGCAACGGGCUUAUCACACAGCAACCGUACUAAAGAAUGGAAAUGUGUUAGUUGCUGGUCAUUCGCUUAAUAUUGCUGAAUUGUAUGAUCCAUCAGCAAAAACUUGGAUAUCAACUAGUCCUAUGAAUAGUAGACGAGGUUCUCCCACAGCAUCCCUACUAACAGAUGGAAGAGUAUUAGUUGCAGGUGGAUCCUGGUUUCUUUUUUCUCUCAACAGUGCAGAAUUGUUUUAUCCUAAUGUAACAAAUGUAUGAAUAAAAAUUAAUUUUAAUACACGAAUACAUACUACUCAAUAACCAGAAAUAAUUCGAGAGUAUGGUGUGGACGCUAGAGUAAAGAAGACUUUCAUACACAAACUCUGAUAAAAUGGAAUAUAGAUGUGACAGAAACAGUGAUCGUUACUGGGAAUAAUCAUGAAGGAAGUUAUUUGGAAUAACUCUGUUGACCGAAAGAACUGUCCAUUGUUACUUCGAGUAUUAUCUUCAUGUCAGAUGAAAGGAAUCCUUGAGUGAUGGAUCGAUCUAUAAGAGCAAAACACAGUAUGGUUAUUGUGGAUGAAACCCGUAAAGAGAGAGAUACAUGUCGGUCGAAUUCACUUAGAAGUUUCCUUCAAUCGAAAUAUUAGUCCCUAUGUAAUGCUUUGUUAAAAUCAUCGAAUUCAAGUUUGCUUUAAUCCAAUCGAGUCAUUAGAAUAGUUAAUUCUCAUUGUUUUAUUUUUCCUUCGCCUAAAUAACCUUCUAUUAAUGAAAUAAUUAGCUAUUCUAUUAACAUAAAGGGAACACACUCAUAUCAUUUGUAUCGAAAUAUAUCUGACAGUGUAGCAAAAGUUCAGUCAAAUACUAUAGAAAUUAAGAUAGCUUAUCAUUGAGCUUUUAAGAACUAUUCAACGGUAUAAAUAUUUAUCUUUAUGCGUUUAUAUGCUUAUCUAUGUUUAUUCUACACUCACAGGAAAUAUUGAUCUGUUUUGUGCAUGAGAAUCAUAGUAUAUUUGACUUUUUGAACGGCAUUUUUGUAAACCCCUACUCUUAGCAUUAUAUAAACUCCAAAAGUGUAUGAAGCAUAGCCUGGCAGAAGGAAUAUAAAACAUGGAUUGAAGUACGAUCUUGAUGCAUGUAAGUUACCUUCACACUGACAUCGGCAUCUUAAUCCAUACAUCCACACUCUUUUCAAUAAUUGCAUAAGAAUUUAUGUGUGCAUCAACUUAAAAUUCUUUAAUUAGUUGUGAAAUAUGUAGAUCAUUUCGUUUUUCUAUUCAAAAUAGAACAUGAAUGAAAAAUAUUAGAUGUUGCAUCUCGUUGUAUUUUCAAAUCAGUAAGUUAGCUUAAGCCAUCGCUCCUUCUCCCCCCCCCCCCCCCCGCCAAAAAUCGAUCUCAGUUCCCGAACAUCAACACC